GGCAACCACAAACAUCCUUAAAAACACCUGACAACAAAAAACCUACUCUGUGUUAUGAGGAAAGCAUUUACUGUAUUCUUCAGCAUCACUGAUUCUCUGGUAUCGGUACUAUUUCACUGAUUAAAUUCAAUAUGGAAUUGUCAGAGGGCACCGCAAUGAUUCCUUUCCCAGACCAGUACCACUGUCCUUCUCGUCUGGAGACCUUGACCAGGAUGGAUCAAUUGUUGGUCUACAGAGAACGAAUUACGGAAGAUCGUCUUGCAGAAGUUUGCUGUGGAAUAAAGCCUGUAAACAGAUAUUUUGUGAAGGAUGGAAUGGGGAACAUGGUUUUCAGUAUUAUUGAGGACAGCGAGUGUUGCGACAGGCAAUGCUAUGGUGUUGGGCAUUCGUUCACGAUGCAUGUUACUGACCACUCAAACCAAGAGGUCAUCAGAAUGGUGCAUCCAUCUGUUUGCACCGCCUGCAGUAGCCAUGAGCUGGAGGUUCAGUCUCCACCGGGCACUACCGUUGGAUAUGUGCGUCAAAAUUGGCAUGUUUGCCUGCCUAAAUUCACUCUUGACAAUGAACGAGGUGAACCGGCAGUUAAGAUUGCGGGACCAUGCAUAGGUUGUACCUGCUGCACAGAUGAGAACUUCGAGCUGGUGUCUUUGAAUGACGCAGCAAUAGACGGAUCAUUUGGCAAAAUCACCAAACAUUUCUCGUGCUGUGGAUCAGAUGCAGAUUUUGAGAUUAGGUUUCCAAGAAACAUGGAUGUCAAAAUGAAAGCUACUACUCUGGGAGCCUGCAUUCUUAUUGACUCCAUGUAUUACACAUCACAAAAGGCAUCACUCUUGUGUGUCUGCUUGUCAGUGGCCUUAGGUUAUUGGCAGUGUUUAAAUUGGGCACAGAGACAUCAGAGGUUGAUAUGAAUGCUUCAUUAAUGCCAGUAUGUGACGAAUAUAGGAUAUAGCAUACGCAUUUAUUGAUGGUAUAAAAUUGCACUGCUGAGGUGAAGCUCGUGCUGCCUUCCCACGAGAAAUCAAAACAUGCAACACAAAGAAAGCCAGCAUGCUGAGGUAAAAAAAUCCAAAUGUAAAGUUUUUAUGUUUUAAAUACCAUUAGUUAGCAACCUCACACGGCCUUUCCACCAUUACAAAACAUUUAGUUGAGCAAGGAGCUAAACCACAGCACAUUUCAUAGCAACUAGCCAAUUCGUUAAUGAAUGAAUUAGUGUUUUGAGCGAAUUAAUCGAAUCAAAGUUUCAUAAACGCAUGCAACAACCGAUGAAUCUGUUGUUUAAAUGAUUCGUUUGAAUGAACUACUCAAAGCCUAGUCAAAGCUCGUUACUGGCCCCUAUUGGCGUUUUAUUUAGUUAAAAAUAAAUAAAUAAUUUCUUGUUUGUGUAUAUAUCUAUAGCUAUAUCAUCUAUAUCUAUCAAAGAAUAAUAUGAUUUAAUGCAGUUGUAUUAUUCAUUGUAAGUGAUUUCAUUUUAAAAUAAUAAAUGGAUAAUAACAAUCACAUUAUUAUAGGUCAAUUGAAUUUAUAGAUCAAAUGUAACAAUUUGAAAUGAAAGAUGAAGUAUUAAUUAGAUUAAUGAAAAAGCCUUCUAUAAAGGUAAAAAAAAAGUCCUUGGAAUAAUAAUAAUAAAAAAAAACAUUGAGUUUAUGUCAAAGCUCAUAGAAAACUGUAGAAAAUAUUGUUUCAGAAUAAAUCAAAAUGGCAAAAUAAUAAUAAUAAUAUGUUUGUUACACGUUAUGUUGAUUUCUGUUUUGCGGAGCCUCCAAAUCUUGCUUGCACUUCUGUAGCAGAAUCUGAAUUUCUUUUCCCAAACCGGUUAAAUGGCCUCUCUUUCAGUCUACUACUAUAAGCCGAGAGCUAUAUUGGACAGUUACAAAGAAAGAAAUCAAAGAAAAAAAAAAACAAAGCAUCAAUUAGUUAUACUAUUUUUACUUACUUUAUUUACACCUAGAUAAAGUUACCAGAUGUAAAUGAGCCCAUGGAACAUAUAUAAAACCAGAGGUACCUAAACAGGAAAGUAGAUCAGACCCAAAAACAUUAUUCUGGCAGAGAAAAAAAAUUAAUAAAUAAAAUGUCACAGUCAUAAGAAAAACACUGUGUUUAUCAGAACCACAACAUAUCUCACUGGUAUGUAUUUUUCUCAAUAUACAGUCAUUUAAAAUUGUUUAAAAGUGUAUUUCAUACAUGAAUAUGUAAGUGUUAUACUAUUACAUUUACAAUGAUUUCUAUAUAAAUAGCAAAGGAUAAGAUCAUUUUAACACAACGAUUGUCUAUUUAUUUAUUUAUUUUAAUCUCUUUUCAUAUAAAAAAAUAAAAAUCUAAUAUGGAAUUGAUAGGUGAGUUUGUUAAGAGUGGGGUGUCUUGUCAAGUACACCGCAACAUACUUUUAAAAAAAAAUAACAUAAUAUGCUUCAAUCUAAACUGAAUGCGAUCUUUUCAGUUCAUUGAAAUAGUACUCUCUGUGUCUGAUUAUGUCAUUUGGUUCAGGUGUGUAUUGCUCAUUGAUAUCUUCAUACCUGUGUAUGUAAGUUUCUGUCUGUUCAGUCUCAGUUCGUUGGGUCAUCUAUGUAUAUAUAUAGUUCAAUUCAAUUCAAGUUUAUUUGUAUAGAGCUUUAUACAAUGGCUAUUGUUCCAAAGCAGCUGCACAAAAGCAAAUCAUUACACAACAGGAAAAUUCAAGAUAGAAUUAGUCAUUUAUUAGUUAAUGACUAAUAUAUAUAGUCACCAGUCUCCCUUGUUUUUGGAGUGACCUUUAUGUUGUGUUCUUAAAGACUGCUGACUUCAUCUGUUUGUUUUCGUCUACUGCAGUCUAAUGUGACCCAUGCGAUAAUUCAAUAAAGCUAUUG